AUGGCUGUGACCACUGUAGGCUCGUCUUCUACCACUUCAUCCGCAGAUACGUCGAGUCCUACAUAUGGUCAGCCCUUUUCCAUUCAGCUCAACUCCGCUGGUGCCAAUAAGCACAAGCGAGACAUCUCGGUGGUUGGUUAUGUCAAUGGAACACUGACGCGUGUCACCUCUACAGCUGAUGCUGUGUCUUUCGUCCUCACUUCCGAUGGCGUGCUGAUGAUUUUCGGCACUGGGUUGGUCGUUGGCUUCAGUGGUAAUCCAGGGACUUCUCCUUUAAUGAUCUAUCCGUCAGUGUCAGCGUUGCCAACAACAAUUAUAUGGUCAUUCACUGGUGGCGCUCUUGUCAUGCCAGGAGCUGGCUUUUGUGUCGAUGCCAACAACGUGAUGUCCGUCAGUGUUGGAGGUGCGACGGACAGUGGCUGUGCUCCCGUUACUCCCGUGCCGAACACAGACCCAGACUCAUAUAACACCGAAGUUGCUAGUUCGAUAACGCCGUCGCCUCAAACUACGACCUCCACGAGUCUAGGUUCGACCUCAUCUACGGUUGAUGCUUCUACCACCGCUAGCUCUUCCUUGUUGACCACUACGACCUCGACUAGUCUAGGUCUGAGCUCAACCACUGGCUCAUCCUCGCUGACCACCACGACUGCUAUUUCCAGCUCUACAAGUCUUACCACGACAGUCUACGUCUCGAUUACCAGUACAACCUCUUUGGACAGCACAACCUCUGGAGGGGCGGCGACUACCAGCACAACCACCGCAACAAAGACUGAGGAGACAAGUGGACCUAAUUGCUCCAUCCUACCGUUGGAAGAUCAGACAGCCCCCGAUGGCACUCAAUACACGCAAUUCUUCUACAGUUGCCAUGCUGCCAUUCCCGCAACACUUGGCAGCAGUUACUCCAUAGCCACUUCAGGCAAUGAAGACUACAGCAGUGACCCCACCGCUUUCCUGAGCCAAUGCGUGGCGAACGCCGAGCAGCUUGGAGCUGGUGUAUGGACUUACUAUCAGUCAUCACUGGACUUCAAGUGGCACUGCAGCUUUUGGAUCGGCCUCACGGCAGAUGAUGGCUUUUUCGUCGACGACUCGACAGUUGUCACUAUGAAUGCUAUGAAAGUGGUUGGGGAUGAUGACAGCCCAAGCAUCACAACUACUUCCUCUAGCUCCACAACGCCGACUUCGACGACCACUACCAUUGGUGUUAUGGCUACUGUACCUGCAAGUGCACCGAUCUGCACGCCUGACAGUAGCUACUUCGACCACGUACACUGUCCCGAUGUGUACAUCUAUGACAGCGUUCAAGAAUGCCAAUGCUUUAACCGCGUGCAAGGGGGACAGAACAUGUGCGCUUACACCUUCUACUACGACAGACCAUGUAUGUGGGACUCGGAGUGCGCUGUAUAUGGCGAAUGGUCAUACUGCCUGACUGCCUCAUUCACUGGCACUGGUGCCCAGGGCUACUGCAGCGAUAAUGACAGCUCCAAAACUUGCCUGACUGGUGGCUACCAAGCAAACACUACCACGCCAUCAGCGAUCUUCUCCACUCCCACGGUCACGAGCUCCACCAUGACCACGACUUCCAGUUCAGCACCGGCAACGGAAACGUGCGCCGGCCUCUGCAGUACGAAAACAGUUUCGUCGGGUUCACAUGUAUGGUCACAGGUUGAGGCUGGAUGUGUGGAGUAUAACUUCAACUGGGUCUGGGCUGUAGCGACACCCCUCCCGGCGGGCGUGUCCGACUGCGAUGCCAUUCAGUACUGUGCCGACUAUGUUGUGCAACAAGGUAUGACAGCUUUUAGGACUUUCUGGGUCCCGGCUGAAAAUCAAUGGCAUUGCGACGCCGGUCUGGAAAACGACGAGACAGGCGACUACGAAUACUCCCCUCCUCAGGCUAAUUUUUACAUGUACAACCUUGUUUCUGCUUCGACCCCUUCCACGACGGCUGCGACCACGACCACAUCCAGUGUGACAAGCACGACAUCACCUGCAAACUGCGUGCAAACCUCCGCCUCAGUUGGGGACAUUUUGACGACCACCAAUGGCAAUUCCUGGGUCAACUUUUUCUCCUCUGGAUGUGGAUUGUCCUUGGAUUGGCAGUCUUUGAAUUUCAACAAUCUCUAUGUGUACCUACGCACCGAUUACACGUAUGAGGAGGCCUUGCUGGAAUGCGCCUCCAUCGCUGACAGCGACGGCUCGCCAGUCUUUGAAUUCGAGACCGAUACACGCAACAACAACCGAUGGGUAUGCUGGACUCUGAACGAUAUCUCCAAUGACCCGGCGCAAUUCCAGCCUUACGGUGGCAUUGCUGAUGCGUACGGUUGGUACUUACCUAGCAGGAUGGUUUUGGCAACACCCACCACAACCACAACUCCACCAACCCCGGCACCUACCUGUGACAAUGGAGCGAUCUUCACCGACACCAAUGGAGAUGCAUGGGAGACUCUUUGUGGACAAGGCAGCUACUACGGAUGGACGUUCUUCUCCAGCUAUUCCGACGUGGCAACUCUAUCUGACUGCAUUGACAAGUGCAACGAAGACGCCUCGUGCAAUGCUGUCUCUAUUGAAUACAGGGAUGCGCCAAACAACAAUCUGUGUGGUUUCAUCUACACAUCGAUCGAGUUUCAGCCUUAUGAUUUUGAGGCAGAUACAGCAAUCAAGGUAUCAGGAACUAAUGCGAGACCGCCAAUCAAUGUGGCUAACUCUUCGCCAUCGACGACCUCUAGGAGUACUUCAAGUACGACCACGGCCUCAGCCACCUCAACGACUACACCGCCACCUGCAUGCACAGCUUCUGCGAUUGGUCAUGUCACCGCUCUCUACGACACGACGCAGACCUUCCGCAACUUCUACACAGGCUGUGGCGAGUCGAUGGAGGGAGGAACAACUGGCGGGCUGGCGAACUUUCCCAACCAGUUCGCCACCAUGUGGCGUGCGUCGGCAAACUGGGAGGACUACACCUUCGACCAGGCCGUAAGCCGGUGUGUUCAAUUCGCCGUUGACAAUGGCGCCACCGCAGUUGAAUUCUACGUCGACGUCAAUCAGAAUUGGCUCUGCGUAGGUGUCAACGAUGUGACUGUUGACGAUUCCUCCUUCUAUGUCGACUCCAACGUGGUUAACGUUUGGGGCUUCGUCUGGGAGAAUUCGUGCCAGAACGCGCCACUCAAUGACAUUACCGCAGCAGAUGGGACGAUCUUUGCAGAAUUCUUCACGGGCUGCAGCACGUCCUUCCAGGGCAAUACACCUGGCGGACUUGUCAACCUCAAUCGCGUCGUGUCAGUGAACUGGCAAGCUCCUGACUACUCUGGAUAUACAUUCGAUGCUGCUGUCCAAAAGUGUGCUGACACUACAAUCUCGCAAGGAGGCAACCUGUUCGAGUUCUACAUUGGCACAGACGAUUGGUGGUACUGUAUUGCGGUGAACGACCUGCCUGCCACGACCGCCAGUUUCUAUCCCGACGCGACAAUCGGAAAGGUCUGGGGCUUUGCCAUCACCGAAGCACCAGACGUGUGCGAACCUUCGCAACUUGCAGAGUCGGUCCAGCUGGCCAACGGGACUACGUAUGAGGAGUUCUAUGAUGCGUGCCAUGUGUCGCUCCAAGGCGACACAGCUGGCGGAGUCGGCUGGAUGACCACGGUAUUUGGCUUCAACAAUCUACCGGGUGACGAUGGCAACUACGGAGGCUGGACCCUGCAGACCGCCCUCGAAUUAUGUAUCCGGGACGCAUCAGCCGCUGGUGCUACCGUGAUCGAAUACUACGAGAACACGGACGAGGUUCCCACCCGAUACUGCUUUGGUGUCAACAAUGUACCGGCGCUUGAAGAUUCCUUCCACGGCGAUGGAACCGUUGGCCGUCUGUGGGCUUUCAAGCUGGAUGAGUCGACCCUGCCGAUAUUGUUGCCCCUUUGA